AUGGCAUCCAUCAAGGAGCUGAACGACCGCCUGACGAAGCAGCCGUACGUCUCUGGCUACACGCCAAGCGUCGACGACGAGAGGCUUUUUCGUGAGAUCUUUGGCGACAAUGUGAACGUAGUCCAGUGGGCUGCACGCAUGGCGACGUACUAUCCCAGUGAGCGUGCCAAGAUGCAACCCAUUCCCGUCGAGUCAGAGGACUCCUCGGAGAUUGAAUACGACGAUUGA